AUGAAGGUGAACAAACUCACUGUACUCGGCAUGAAACACACCGACGAUCGCGUAGUCCUUCAAGCUGUUGAAUUUUGGUCAACAGUCCGUGACGAAGAAAUCGAAUUACAAAUCAAAGCAGAAGAAGCCUUGGAGUAUUCAGAACCUCCUGAACGCGAAUCCCAACACUUUGCCAAAGUGGCUUUACCUGAGAUCUUACCUGUCUUGCUUCAAUUGCUCACUAAACAGAGUGAGGAUGCCGAUGAGGACGAAUGGAACGUUUGCAUGGCUGCUGGUACUUCUUUGGCUCUCUUGGCACAGACUGUAGGAGACGCGAUCAUCACACCAGUAAUUCCGUACUUCAGAUCAAGUAUUGUUAAGGUGGUACAUCAUCUGGUAGGAAUUCAUCUGACUGGAAGAAAUGUGAUAUCAAGAUUUUAG